GCAUGCGUAAAGCACAGGCGCGGGAGAGUAAAUAUUAAUGGAGGCUGUGUGUUUUUAUUAUUCACUGGUUUCAUAUCACGCCACAAGAAUUGCGGUGAAAGACGAAUCGAACGGUGGUACUGAUUGUGCACAAACAGCAUGGCCGAUGAAUUCAGCGAGUCCCUCACUCCACCGGUCUCUCCCUUUCCAGCAGACAGCCAGUGUGACCUCACUCCCACUCGACCACCGUGUUUCUGCUGCUCCGAAGUGAAAGAUGACCCCACUGGGGCUCUUUCUACUGAUGGGUAUAUUGCACGAGGGUCUCUGAAACGGCUGCUGCUGAGUCUGGAUCCAGCACCUGCAGAGUAUCAGGCAGACACGGUGGAGAUAUUUGGCUUUCUGUGGGUCACUGAGACAGCACUGGUGGAAUCUACAAAGUUACUCUUUGGCUUGUUCAGACAAACAUUUUAUAAACUGGAGAACCUGGUGAAGUCUAACUCAAAUGAUUUUGGAAAAGCCGGUAAUCUGCACUAUGAAGCAGUAGACCUUCGACAACAGUGUGUUUCAUUUCUUCAAUAUGUUAAAGUCUUCUUGCACAGAUAUCUGAGACCAUGUGGGUCCCAGGAUGCAGAUCACUCACAUCCUUACGAGGAACGUGAGCAUCAGUUCCCCUCUGCUCUUCUGGAGGAAGUGUUCAGCAUCACUCUCCUCACAGGACGACUGAAGGACCUGCCCGCCAGUCUUCAAAGUGCUUUCAGUAUACAAAACCACGGAAAGAUUUUUCCUCCCUCCUGGCAUCUGCUACAUCUUCAUCUUGACACACACUGGUCAGUCUUGGAGAUCCUUCAUGCUCUUGGUCAGAAGAUGCGAGGCCAGGUGGUUUACGCCCACCAGUUUGUCAACCUGACGGGAGAGAACCUGACUGAUACCAGUCUGUUUGAGGAACACCUGUGCAGUCUUCUGUGCGACCUCACUGGCCUGGCCAUGAGCAAGUACAGCAAGGUGAGGCCCACAGAGGCACUGAGCAGCAAUCAUUACCUUUGCCCCUGCACCAAAGAGCUCUGGAUCCUGCUUAUGCACCUGGUGGAAUGCAGGAACAAGACAUUGCACACAGAGUCUUUCUGGAGCUACAUGACGUCAUUGAUGAGACCCUUGGUUUCAGAGAAACCUACAGCAGAGCUCUUCAGUGGCCUCCCCUCGCACUGUAAAGACCUGCUGGGUUUCACAUGGUGGCUGCUCACUCACUUAGCCAUGUUGGGCAAGUACCACAGCAGUGGUACGGUUCAGAGCGAG